AUUACAUUUGCAGAUACCGAGAGGAAGACAUAUGAAAAACUAUUAGAUACUAAUGUCCUUGCAGUCGCCGUGUGUACGAACCUAGCAGUGCGUUCGAUGCGUAAACGAGACGAUGACGGACAUAUUUUUACUAUUACCAGCGUUGAGAGCCAUUCUAUAAUGCCGAUUGAUGUGGGAAUGAAUGUGUAUGGUGCUACUAAACAUGCAUCUCUUGCUUUAGCUCAUACUGUACGACUAGAACUAGCCGAACUUAAGUCUCGUAUCCGAGUUACCACCAUUAGUCCUAGUUCUGUAAAAACAAAUAAAUUUGAUCAUUCGAAGGCAAAGGGAGUCUCCUUCAAGAAAACAGAUUUUCAACCGUCAGACAUAGCGGAUGCUAUCAUUUACGUUCUUGGAACACGACCGGAAGUUCAGAUUACGCAGCUUAUCAUCCAGCCCACUGGGGAGUCUAUUAGGGACAUCUAUAAGGACAUAUUGAGAAUUGCAAGACAGUAAUUGUCUUUGAAUUUUCAUUUAUUCCAACUUUUAAUAUUAACACACAAAUACUUCCUAAAAAUGUAAUGUCAGUUGAUACAUAUAGUGACAUCUAAAGAUCAAGAUAAUAAACAGUAUUGUUUGAAAGAAUAAAUAAUUACUGAAAAGUUUCAUUAUUCAAUAA